AUGGUCGGACCACCUGUUGACGUUGACUAUGCGCUUCCACCUGCUAUUGAGAAGAUGCAAGGCAGCUGGAUGAGUACCUUGCAGAGCGGCGCUGUGGUGACCAGCGUCAUCGCAGGGGUAGAAGCCCAACUUCUUGUCUUCUAUAGCGACAAUGGAAGCUUCGGUCUAGACGACAAUGCUCCUUCGAGCAAGAUACAGAUCGUAAUACAGAUCCUCACUUACGUCGCCCUCGUCUGCAGCGUCAGCGCGACCAUCACUUCGCUCUUCCUCAUCGACGAGUUCGGCGAGAUACCGACGCGGGCAGCGCGAUACAGGAACCCGAGUACUCAGGCUUGCAAGAUGGCCGGAACGGAUUGGUCUUUGCUCGAAGCGUUCCGACUUCGGAGAGGCUCCAAGUUCGUGGUGUACCACUGGCUGUCAUCCAUACUCGCGGCCGCAUUGUGCACCGUCUUGUCCACCGCCGUCUACGUCGUCUCACAAAAGCCACUGGCCGCACAGGUCAUAAUCACCGUCGUAACUGUCGUCUCCGUCUUGCCGUUCCUGUAUUUCGUGGUGCCGGGCGAGGAUUGA